AUGGGUAUUCCCGCUGCCUUUAGAUGGCUAUCUAACAAAUAUCCCAAAAUCAUUUCGCCAGUGAUUGAACAAACGCCUAUUGUCACCGAAGAUGGCAUCACGAUUCCCGUCGACACCACGCAGCCCAAUCCUAACGGGGAAGAGCUGGAUAACCUAUAUUUGGACAUGAAUGGAAUUGUCCAUCCAUGCUCGCAUCCAGAGGAUAGGCCGGCACCGGCUGAUGAGGAGGAAAUGAUGCUCGAGGUGUUCAAAUACACGGAUCGUGUUGUGAACAUGGUUCGUCCACGAAAGAUUCUAAUGAUUGCUGUCGAUGGAGUUGCGCCAAGAGCCAAGAUGAAUCAACAGCGAUCGCGACGAUUUCGAUCGGCCCAGGAAGCCAAGGAAAAGGAAGAGGACAAGCAAGCGCUGAUCGAACUCCUCAAGCGUCAAAAUGGUGGCACAUUCGCUGCUGCAGACUCGGAGACGGUCGUUAAGAAAGCUUUUGACUCAAACUCCAUCACCCCAGGCACCCCAUUCAUGGAUAUUCUCGCCCUGAGUUUGCGGUAUUGGUGCCAGUACAAGCUAAACACAGAUCCAGCAUGGGCUAAGCUCAAAAUCAUCAUAUCUGAUGCUACUGUGCCCGGUGAAGGUGAACAUAAGAUCAUGAACUUUGUCAGAUCUCAACGCGCUUCUCCAAACUAUGACCCCAACACCCGCCACGUUAUUUACGGUUUGGAUGCCGAUCUCAUCAUGUUAGGACUUGCCACGCACGAGCCUCACUUCCGAGUCCUACGUGAAGAUGUCUUCUUCCAAGAUGGCAAAAACAGGGCGUGUAAGCUGUGCGGCCAAAAAGGACAUGAGGCGAAUAACUGUCGUGGAAACGCCAAACCAAGCGAUGAUCCUGCUGCUGCUGAAGAACAAAGCAGAAGCCUUCAGAGCCCCGAAGGGGAAAUCGAGGAGGUCGCGGCAACUAUGGAGGAUCAUAUAGGAAUAACAAUGGUCGGAAUGGGCCUGGCUACGCUGGUGGGUACAGAGAUUCGCGAGGAUCUCAUACCGGGCACUAUAGGGACAACCAACGCUUCGACUCACAUAAUUCCCACCAAGGUAUGCCUCAACAUGGGAGGUGGCAACCACCAGCUGGGCCAGGGUUUGACCCAAGAGCCAGCUCCUUUGCAGCUCCAAAUAUGCAGCACCAACCGCAGCAAGGUUGGCAUGGGAACAGACCCGAGUAUGGCCACCAGGGAAGACACGGAGGGCACUCUGGAGCGCGGCCUCCUUACGGCAAUCAGUGGCGCGGACGUGGUCAUCAAUGAUCGCCACAAUUCUCUUUCAGCCCGCCCCAUAUACCUCGAAUCCUCCUCGCUAGCUGGAUGUCUUUUUGCAUAAGUGUCACUCUCUUCGCAUGGACCGCGCAUAG